UAGAUGGGGGAGAGGAAGAGAUCUUAAUUGCAUUUAGUAAGAAGCUAUUUCUCUAGGCUGGAACUGUUUAACCAAACACAAGUUAGGGAGGGGAGAUGGAGAAAAAUGAGGCACAGAGAUGAGGGGCAAUGAGAAGGGAAGGAACUGGAAAUUAAAUGAAUAUCAUACAAAUAUAUUAUGCAAAUAACCUCUUCUCCUUUGGAUCCCAAGCAGAUUCCCAAAGGAAACAGAGAGGAUUGGGGAGAAAGGUUGCCCCCAUUUUAUAAGUGGAAAUAAGUAAGGGUCAAUCAUGAUUCAGCCAACUGAGGUUGAACCCUGGAGAUCAAGCCCAGCCCUCUUGUCACAUGUUGGGGGAAGGGAGUGGAUUAUCUGAUGUCACAGCCGGUGGGGACCUUGGUCACCUCCUCACACAACCAGGCUGUGAACCUAAGACGAUGUAGAGGAAGCUGAGACAAAAAGGGGGAAAAAGGAGUAGGCCAGGUAUUUGAUGCCACUACCCCUUCAAAGGUGACCACGGGCUUCUAACUGCCAUGUUCUCUGGCAAAUGGUGGCCAGGGACCAGGGACACCCUUAGGGUGAGGGCCCAAGGCCCAUCCCGGGGAGCCCGCCUCUACAUCUUAUAUGGCUUCACCUACAUGGGAGCAGAUGGCCAGCAGGUGUCUCUAGCUGAAGGUGACCGAUUCCUCCUGCUUCGAAAGACCAACCCAGACUGGUGGUUGGUGAGGCCUCUGGGAGCACCUAGGAACACCCGACCCCUUUUUGUUCCUGCUGCAUAUGUGGCUGAAGAGUCUACAUCCACUAGGAGGGCCUCUGACACUACUACUAGCCAAUUCCUCUGUGUCCCUAAACCAAAUCGGUUUCAUUCUUCCCUGGAAGAAUUGUCCGUGCCUCAGUCAUCCCAGGGUAAAUCCCCCAGCCUGUCCUGGCAGCCUCCUCUUCCGCCAAGAAUACGAAGAAGUCUUAGUGCAACUGGACUGAAUCCCAGCCCACUCCAAUCCCUCUCAGAUGGAUUGACUGGGCAUUUACACUCUCAAGAAGACCUGAGAACUACGACCAAUACCAUCACACAGUCGGGACCCUGGUCCCCCAUGUCCGAGCCCCCUCUGUACUGUAACCUGGUGGACCUGCGCCGCUGUUCCCAGACACCACCCCCAGGCCCUACUCGGCCCCCACUACAGCGGCUGGACUGCUGGGAACAGCAUCUGGACCUCGACUCUGGUCGCUGUUUCUACAUCCACUCCCUGACUGGACAGGCGUCCUGGAAGCCUCCCCGAAGAGCUCGUGAAAAGGCCCCCGACUCCAUGGAAGGGCAUCUGGGGAGAGAUGCCCAAGCCCAGCAGGCUGAGGAGAAGGGUGCGGGACUCUACAAUCAGGUGUCAGAAACCAAGGAGACGUUCACCGCUCAAUCCUCACUCUGCCUCACCGGUUCCUCCUCCCAGACCUCCAUUUCGGACAACUCCCGAGGCUCCCUGGCCCUUAGAUCCCAGCCUCAGCUCCUGGAUGACCCUCACGAGGUGGAAAAGUCUGGCAUGCUCAACAAGACAAAGAUUGCUGAGGGAGGCCGGAAGCUCAGGAAGAACUGGGGUUCAUCCUGGGUGGUGUUGGCAGGAAAUAGCUUGGUGUUCUACAAAGUUCCUCCAACUUCAGUUCCUGCUGUAUGGGCAACAUACAUUACUGUCCUGGUCUUCUGCCUGAUGUCUCUCUACCCAGCAUCUCUCCACUUCCAGAAGCCAGACUCCACAUAUUUCCCAAAUAUCUGCCUUCCCCCAAAUCUUAUCCUCCCACCACUAAACCUUUCCCCUGGGCCUGACCUUCAGGUGCGUACUGUUCCUGGACAUGAGUUCCUGCUGCAGUCUGAUGAUGAGACAGAGUUCCGAGCCUGGCACCGGGCACUUCGGGAGGUCAUCGACCGCCUGGAGCGUGAGAAUCCUCUGGAACUGCGACUAUCUGGGUCUGGGCCAGGGGAGCUUGAGGAGCUGAGCCAGGGUGAAGAAGAUGAAGAGCUAGAGCCAAAGCCCCUGCUAGGACGUCGAGGAAGAAGCUAUAGGAUCUCUCAUCGGAGCCCUGAAGAUCAGAAUCGAGUGAGGAACAAGCUGAAAAGGCUGAUAGCAAAGAGACCUCCAUUGCAGAGUCUGCAGGAGCGGGGACUGCUCCGAGAUCAGGUGUUCGGCUGCCACUUGGAGUCUCUGUGCAAGAGAGAAGGGAGUACUGUGCCAAAUUUUUUCAGGCUCUGCAUAGAUACUGUGGACAAGAGAGGUCUGGAUGUGGAUGGUAUUUACAGAGUCAGUGGGAAUUUGGCUAUAAUCCAGAAACUUCGGUUCCUGGUGGACAGAGAACGAGCGGUCACGUCUGAUGGAAGAUACCUGUUCCCGGAGCAGCCAGGACAAGAGGGCCGCCUGGAUCUGGACAGUGCUGAGUGGGAUGACAUCCAUGUCGUGACAGGAGCCUUGAAGCUUUUUCUUCGGGAGCUCCCCCAGCCCCUGGUCCUUCCAUCACUGCUGGCACCCCUUCGAGAAGCCCUUGCACUUCCUGAAUCAGAGCAGCGCUUAUCUCGGGUACAGGAGCUCAUAGGCUCAAUGCCAAAGCCCAAUCAAGACACUCUUCGGUGCCUCCUGGAACAUCUAUGCAGGGUGAUAGCACAUGCAGACAAGAACCGAAUGACCCCACACAACUUGGGUAUUGUGUUUGGACCAACAUUGCUACGACCAGAGCAAGAGACCUCUGACCCAGCUGCCCAUGUUGUCUACCCUGGUCAGCUGGUUCAGCUGCUACUAAAUGACUUCACCAAUCUCUUUCCUAAUCCGUGAAUCCUGGUCUCUGCCCGACACAAGGUUGUUGAUAUGAUCUCCACUCUGAAAAUGGAGGGCAGGAGGGAUAGGCCCUCUAUAUGUUAGGCAUAUACAUUUGAGUAGGACUUCCAUCUAUUAGCCCUAACAUUUGGGUAAAACCCCCAUUUGUCAGACACAUUUUAGGAAGAAUGUCUGUUUCAAUGGAUGAGUUCCAUUUUAAGAAUUUCCCUAUUAGGGGAACCUGUGAUUUUGUUUUAAGUGCGGAAGGAGGUUCUUUGUUGGGGGAGUCUAUUUGGGACAUUUUACCCUUUAAAUUCUGUACCACCUAAUUUUAUCUUCAUGUAUUGGGAAGGGGUUAUCAGGGUCACUUUUAAUAAGGAAGGACUCACAUAGACCCCAGAUCCAUCCUGGGGGUGACCUGACCCUUCAGAAAGGGGAUCAUAUUUAUCUCAUCACUCUGUCUCAUUGUGCCCCCAUUAAGAACUAGAACUCUGGGGAAAUCUAUUAAACAAAACUUAGAUAUGGUUCCUAUUUACAGUCUCCCCCAUAGGUAAGAGAGUCCCUUCAAGAAAAGGUACUUAAUUAACAAAAUCAGGUAUAAGACAGCUAUUUGCUUUCACUCGUGUAGCUAUUAAAGCUAAUGUUACAUUUAAAAUACAAAAGACUAAUCCAUGUAUUAACAAAUACUUAACAAAUAAAACAAUAAUAUAUCACAA